UUAUAUAUGUUAUAUUUACGUUAAUUCUUAAAACGAUCGAUUAUAGACAUACUCUAAUUAAACAUAUUCUAUCUAAUAGAUUCAUGCCAGUGUACCCCAAAUAAUUGAAUCAAGGGCUCUCUUGAAUCAAUCAUCUGUUUAUAUUCAAAAUUGUAUGACUAAUUAAUAUAAAAUAUACUAUUAUUUAAAACAAGUUUCUAUUUUUAUUUAUUUAUGUAUAUAUAAUAAUCAAUAAACAAAAAUAAAAUAUUUGUAAAGGAAGAUAGAGAGAGAGAGAGGAAAAAUGGAAAAAACGUUUCUUUUUUAAAGAAACUUUUGUAACAUGAAUUUUUUCUUGAAAAGACCUUUUACACAGGAAAGAUAGUCAAGAAACUCAUUAAUGUCUUGUCACCUUGUAAUUGUUUCAAUUUUUCUUUUAUCAUUUAAAUUUAAAUAGAUAUCUAAAUAAUAUUAAAACUAUUUAUGAAAUGCUCGUUUGUAUAUCUCACUACUAUUGAUGCUCUUAAUUUAAAUAAGCAUUUCAUUCACACACCAUCUCAAACGCUAGGAAAUAUAAUAACUAAGAGAUUACUUACUAAUUAGCAUGAUGAUGAUGAAGAUGAUCAAGUUUCUUCUGGUAACACUAAUUGUGGUGCUCUCUGGCCCAAUUCCGAUUUACGCAGACAAGGGCCUAAUGAUAAGGGAAUGCCACAACGCACGAGUCCCGACCAUAUGCAUGCAAUGCCUCGAAUCCGACCCAGCCUCCGUCCAUGCAGACCCUGUUGGGAUCGCCGGCAUCGUCAUAUACUGUCUCAACUCUAACCUCAAUGUCCUUACCAACAACAUUACGAAACUGUUGUUAAAGAAAGAAAAAGAUGGUGAUGCAAUCAGGAAAGCUCUGGAGGGUUGCAAAAAGGAGUUGUCGGAGACAAUGACAAAAGCACUGCCGGAUGCCAAAAAGGGUCUGAAAACAGGUGAAUACGACAAAGCGGGACAAUCUAUAAAGCAUGCGCUGGGCUUUCCUCUGAUGUGCGGAAACAAUCUCCAAGCUGCCGAGUUCGUCUCUCUCACAGUUUAUAGCCAAAUCAAUAUCUAUGCUCAACUCUCUGAUGCUGCCAUGAGAAUAAUCGAUCGUUUCUAAAUAAUCAUAUGGCAGUAUCAUGUGGUUUUUAUUUGUAUGUAACUCAACUAAAGGAUUUUUUAUGUUGAUCGAUGCUUUAUGCUUUACCAAAAACAAAAAAAAAAGACAAAAUUUGUUAAUUUAUCAAAUUGAGCUUUUGGUUCAAUUAGUAUAUCGAUAAAUUAAUAUCUUUAUAAAUUAAUAAAAAAAUUAUAGUUUUGGUGUAAUUCUAAUAUUAUUAAUUUAUAAAUGUUUCACUGUAUUAUAUAGUAAAAAUAUGGUGAAAAAUGCUCAUUUAUAAUAUAACUAACUAAAUAGAUUAAUUAAUUGAGUAAGAUCUUCCGGCCCAUAUUUUAUCUCAUACAACAUACAAAAUAAUCUCGAAAUUUGGGACCUUGUAUAGUUUAUCAACUUCAUAAGAGAUUUGGGACCUCGUCAUUUUAGGCUACCACGGAUUUCUGUUGUGAUUGAGGAUAAAUGGUUGUAACCUCACCCUAGAUCGCAAGAAGAAGUUCAGCUUCACUUUUUAUCACGACCAUAUCUCUCUCUGCCUAUCAAUUCUUAUGAAUGGAUUGUUGGAAAUGUUAGAAUGCAUGAGUAAAGGUUGGACUGAAUCUGGGAUGAUCUUAGGCCAAGAAAAAAGAAGAGAAACAGUGUAGUAAAAAAAAAAAGAACGGAGUAAGAAAAAGAAACUUGAUUUCUUGAUCUCAUUAGUACAUUUAAAGGCAUUGAUGGAUGGGAGCGCAAAUGGAUGCUUUCACAACCUAAAAUCAAUCACCUUACCUCCCAAAUAAAAAAGAAAGAAAUCGAUCGGAUCCAUCGAUAGAGGAAGAA